AUGGCAAACCAGACUAAUGUAAAGGAAUUUAUUAUUUUGGGAUUCUCCAGUAUUCCAGUACAUCAGAAAUUUUUGUAUGUGUUUUUCUUGAUAAUAUACAUCACUACACUCACUGUAAAUAUAUCUCUUAUCAUCAUAAUUCGGUUUGGUAAACAACUCCAUAAACCCAUGUAUUUUCUACUUGGAAAUUUAUCCUUUUUGGAAUUAGGUUAUAUUUCAGUAACAGUUCCUAAAAUUAUAAUUGACAUCCCAAGAAGGAGAAAAAGUAUUUCCUUUUCUGGUUGCAUGACCCAGCUUUUCUUCUUUACUUUUCUUGGUGCCACUGAGACCAUCCUUCUUGCAGUAAUGUCCUUUGAUCGAUUUUUGGCGGUAUGUUACCCCCUACGCUACACAAGCAUCAUGAGCCAUAAGGUCUGUUUUAUGCUAGCAGCUUUAUCCUGGAUCUUUGGCUUCCUGACAACUUCGUUUCCAAUUAUCAAAAUAUCACAGUUACAUUUUUGCAGUGCCAAUGUUAUCAACCAUUUCUUCUGUGAAUCUGCUCCUUUGCUGAAACUGUCUUGCUCUGACCCUUAUUUUAAGGAACUGACAGUUAUAAUCUGUGCAUCAUCUGUCAUCCUCACCUCAGUCCUUCUUACUAUGAUGUCCUAUGGUUAUAUCCUUCAAACAAUUCUUAGAAUCCCAUCCGCUAAAGGAAAGCGGAAAGCAGCUUCUACAUGUGCUUCGCACCUCAUAGUGGUUACGACUUUCUAUUCCACAAUGUUUGCAAUGUACAUUAAGCCCACUGCUAGCCAAGGAUCACUAAACAAAGUGAUGGCAUUGUUCUACGCUGUCUUCACCCCACUUGUCAACCCAUUUAUCUAUAGUUUACGUAACAAGGAAGUUAAAGAAGCUCUUGUACUAUUUUUAAAGAAGAGAAGGCUUUAA